UCUGGGUCCCGUGUCCUGCUGCUGGCCUGGACGGCUCAGGGCUCACACGCCAGCCCCGCUCUCAGGAUCCAGGAGGAGCUUCCCUCAUUAGCCACCAAGUGUCCCGACGGGCAGGGACACAGCCUAGACAGAGGCCCGGGGAUCUGACUCAGGUAGGGGACCCAGUCUGGGAGCUCCACGGUCACCUGCGAUAACUCAAGACCCAGGCCACCAGGCUGUGACCUUGGCAGCCAGGUGGCUGCACCUUCAGAGGUGGGUGGGGCGAAAUUCCAGCCUGAGGUGGGGGAAGCCAAGCAUCCAGAGCCCCUCAGGUGGGACAGUGGCGAGGACGGGGCUGUGGGAGGUGCUGUGGACUUGGGGUGUGUCCUGGCGGGGCCCCUGUGGAGGCCUCAGGGGGACAGCGUUGACAGGACAGUGUUUCCUAGUGGCCCACAGUCACCUGCUGGGUCAGCACUGCUCCCAGGCUGCAGACUCUGAGGGUCCCCCAGCAUUCUGCAUGGCUGAGAUGGCACCCCAGGGAAGGCGACUCCAAAGCCGUGGGACAGAGGCAAGAGUGACCUCUGGCUGUCUCUGAUGUACCCUUCCCACUGCAGCAGCUCUCCUUGUCCUCGCCGCCCACCCUCUAAUCCAGUAUCCACACGUAGGAUGAGGCAGAAGGAAUUCUGGCGGUCCCUGAUGGCCCGUGCCCUGAAAUGACCCUCUCCCCUUGAGUGUGGGUGACGAGACAUUGCUCUUAUGCUUACAUUACACAACGUGGCACGGUUGACUUUGAGAGGGGGAUUAGCCUGAGUGGGCCUGACCAAAUCCGGUGAUUCCCUCCAAAUGGACCCGGCUUUUCCUGAAUGGGGGGUGGGGGAGAUUCAGAGCAUGAGAGGGGCCAGCAGGGGUCACCUCACGAGGAGCCUCAUUCCUUCAGCCCUUAGCCUGCAGCCAGUAAGAGAUGGGGUGGUGGUGGGGGUGCUGAAUGCUACAACUUGCAAGGAGCUGAAUUCUGCAAUCCCCACGUGAGCCUGACCCUGACCAACGGACACCUGAGUCCAGCUCUGUGAGACACUGACCAGAGUGCCUGGCUUUGUGACCACAGGAUGCCCUUCUGGCCCACAGGGAUGAAGGGAGUACAUUGGUGCUGUUUUGAGAUGCUGAGGGUGUGGCCAUUUGUCACAGCAACAUAAAAUGAACGUCCCACCUUUUCCCAGUUGGGAGGAAAUGUUUUUUCUCCCUCCUUAAACUUCAAGUGGCAGCAACAACCCUGAUGGUUGCUGCUUUGGUUGGCGUAGAGCAAGAGUUUGAAAACUGAAGGAUGAAGCGGCCUUUGUUUGCAGGUCUUCACGGGCUCUUCUCAGGGGUCAGAAGCUGUGUUUGGGGGCUGGGUGCAGGUCCCCUGGGCUAACAGUUAGGUACCUUGGAAAAGGAAGUCCAGGUGUCGUCAAGGAGAGGAGGUGCUUCUCAGGAGGGAAGAGUUGGCUCCGGGCUGGGCCGUGAGCGUCAGGUCACUGAACCUGGUACACCAGGGGUGUGCUCCUGCGAGGUCCCGGGCCAAGAGGGGCCACACCCUGGGUGGACAACAGAUCUGCAGACACAGCGAGGGCUGAGAGAGCAGCUGGCUGUGGAGAGGAGCCUGGGGCCUGUUUUUCUUCUGGAAAACCUUCUCGAAGCGUCAACAGUGCAAGGGGACAAAGGAAGCACGGAGCGGAGGGUAACGUGCAAAGGCAACAUGAGGGGAUUCUGCUCAGCCUCGGGGUCCUGACGGUCCCCUCUUCCCCACCUGCCCCACCAACAGGGAGCCCCCAACCUGUCCUUGCCCUGGACUCAGGAGGCGGAGCAAGCCUCGGCCUAGCAGCCCUGAGACGGGGACUUGGGUGUGGCGAUUGCUGCUCAUCAGCAGGUCCCUCGUGGGCAGGGGGGGCGCACCCCUCCCCAGGCUCUCCGAGGACCCCCCAAGUGCAGUGUCAGAGUCGUUCGGAGGGACGUGGGAGGCUCGGGGGAUGCACAGCUCCUAGUCCUGUUGGUUGAGGGUCGCCCUCGGGGACAUGGGACCCCAGCCACCUUGCUUCCUGUGCUCAUGGGAAGUGCCCGCUGCGGCUGUUGGUGUGCUGACCCCAGAGGUGGGCUGCUGGGACGGGGCGCUCAGCUGUCACCUACCGCUGCCAGGGUCUCCUGAGCAUGAGGACAGGGCCAUUCCCGGGGGAAGCUCCCCAGCCGCCCCAGGCCUGCGGGUUGUCCUGGGGCCCAAGAAGGUGCCUAACACCGGGCAGGGAUCUGCCACUCACCCCAGGGAAGCAGGAUGCGCGGCUGGGCUCCAAUACACUAGUGACCUUUCUGGUCCUUCGGAGUCUGAGGUCGAGGUGCGGCAUCUCCCUGAGUCACCGUCUACACAGACGCUGGCGAUUCGCCAGGACGCGGGACUUUGAGUCCCCCUAAGGAAGGUCUGACGGGGACACGUCCGUCGAGGAAGGACCGUGCCGAGAGGCUGCAGAGCGCGGCCCUCCUGGAGCACAGGAGGAGGGGUGCAGGGGGGUGGGCACAGGGACUGCAGUGGCCUGAGAAAGGGAUCAGGAGGAGCCUGAGGAGCACAGCUAACUCCUUGCUCUCCUGCCAGGCUGGCCUUGAACUCCUGGGAUCAAGCCAGCCUCCUGCCUCAGCCUCCCAAGGAUGCAGGACUACAGGUGCAUGCUGGAGCUCAGUGUGAAAGCCCGUCUGGAGGGGGAACAGGUGACUUCUCACCAGGGCCAGUGACAGAGGCUGUCAGUGCUCCUGCCCCAGGGCAUCUGGGAGAGUCGGGUGAUCUGUGCUCCUUGUCUGAGGAGGUUAGGGGACACUGCUCUCUCUCAUCCAUGGGGCUGGAGACAGGGGACUUGAAAUGGUGGGACAGGCAGAUGGAGGCUACUUUGGAGAGGCCCCUGCAGGGAGACCUCUGCUGCCUGCAGGACUUUGCCUUCAGAAAAAAGCCAUGUGACCAGGGACUUGUUUGUUACUGCGGCCUGCCCUCUCCUGAUACAGGAAGGCCUUGGAAGGACCGCGAACACUGCCGCGACGGUAGGGGCGUUGCUUUCUCUUGGCCUGCGACAUUGGUACAGGGACCCCAGCUUCACAGGCAUGAAACAGAAGAGCAGGAAAGGGAGGGGUUUACCUGAAGUCACCAGAGCUGGCAUGUGACAGAACAGGGGAGCCAAUCCAGCUCUGUCUGGUUCCAAAGCUUUACCCACCUCUCGGGCUCCCUCCAGGUGUGGCUUGCAGAACACAGGGUGACUUUGGAGAUUUGUGGACAAAAUGUUAAAUUGAAUUAACUGGAACUCAUUGAAAUGUGUUUUGGAGUAAACAUCUGAGCUCACCUCGACCACUGAUUUCAGGGUCAUUACUCCUCAGAGGAAAAUUAACAACAACAACAACAAGACGACGGGUUGGCUCAGAGCCGCUGAACGAUGAAACAGCCGGGACAGUAAAGGUCCACGUGGGCCAGUGCGGACGGUGGGUGACGAUGAAGGGGAGCUGCCACGGGAGGUGCCAUCGUUUGUCACAGGGUGUGAGAUGACCCGGCUCGCUCUGUGGGACAAGAGCCGAGCCUGGAGCAGCGGGAGCCCGGCUGGGGAGUCCUGCGCACUACCCACCGGGCCACACUGCCCCGGCCUCUCGGGCCCCGCGCACACCGAAACUCUGGGGGCAGGAGAGGGACCGCCGAGACCGGGGAGGGGGGCUCCAGCAGGCCCCUCCGUGCCCCCGGUCUAUAGCGGACACACUGUUCCCGAUUUUGAGUCCCGGGGAAAACGUUUCAGUUUUACAAACACAAAUAUUGACUUUCUUUCCUCAAUGUCCACGCUCAGCUUCCAGGUCCGCCCUCCCGCCCGCCUCCCCUUGAACCCGGCUGUCCCUGCAAGCCUACCUGCCGCAUAUUUCUGUGGCUCUGCUAAUGAGCGGAGAAGCGACAGAGAGGGGCCUGUGCCCCUCCGGGAGCUCACAGAACUGCCAUUCAGAGCCCGGCUGAAAGAGCCACUUCAUGCGCCAGCUGCCGCCCGCCAGCUCAGCCUGCACCGGGACGCGGCCCUUCGUUGGGAGGGGGCCUUUGGCCAGGAGACUCGGGCUCACGUGCCCCUCGUCCGUCUUCGGCAUGGCCCCGGGACAGCACGGUGCCUCCCUUGCCAGGGGUCACCAUGGCCGACCCUGAUGUGACCCUUGAUGGCCGACAGGGCAACGGGGCUGUUCAUCAUGAUUUCCUUCUGCUUCACCAAGGCAGCGCCAUGCUGGGUCCCAGGGAUGCUGUGGGGAGUGAGGCAGGAAAGAGCCCUGGGGAGGCAGGUGACACGCUGCAACUCAAUCUGGGAAAGGGAUACACACCAUAGGGUGAUCUCUGGAGCUCCUGCAGCCCUUCUGGAGAACAGAAGAGGUCAAUGUCAACUUGGAGAGGGGAAGGGCCGCAGUGGCCGCUGCUGGCUUUCAGGUUGGGGAGCAGGAAAGGGCAGGGAAAGCUUCCAACAUCUGUUUCCUCUAACAUGGGCCCAAAGGGGAGCCAGCCUGGGCUGUCAGCUGGGACCGCUCCCAAACUGGCUGGGCGGCUUCGGCUACCCAGCAGACUUCUCUGGGCCUCAGUUUCCCUAUCUGACAAACAGGCUAACAGACUCUGCCCUGUGUGUGGACCUCAUAGGUUUGUUGGGGAAACAAAGGAGACGGAGGGACAGCGUGAGUGACAAGUGUGGACAGAUGGUCACUGUCACUGCUAAACCUGGCAGUCAUUUUCCAACCACUAUCUGCUUUUCCCUUUGCUGAGGAACAACUUUCAGUGUGGCCAUGCCCGUGUUCUUUCUGCUCCAUCCCAUCAACUAGAGGAUCUGGAUGCAAGACAAGGGACCAUUCCUGGCCAUAGGAUCAACCGUGGGCUCCACCUGAUGACCAUGUCUAAUCCCCAUCACUACCCAAGGCCCAACCUCAAAACUCCACAGCUGGACGAGAUAGAAUGCCUCAUGAACCUUUGGGGACGCUCAGACCACACCCCAAACAGCAGGAGGCUUGAUCUCCUCCCCCAGCUUUUCCUGGACAGAGGUGAAUUCGCGAAUUCUCGGAUACUCACCAGCUCAGGGACAGGGCAGGAGGCACGGGGAGUGGGUUCAGGGGAGAGGUCACCAAGCUUCACCUGUGGCUGAGAACACAGGCAUGGGACCCGGGGACAGCUCCUGCAACUCUUCCCCUCCAAUUAACCCUGGGAGGUGGGCACCAAUAUCCCCCUAGCUUCCAGAUGAGGAAUCUGUGGCACAGAGAGGUGAAGGAACUUGUCUGUGGUCACACAGCUGCUCUGGGUCUCUCCCCUACCACCUUACACGCUCUAAGAGCACAGGUACCUGCUGGUCGCUAUUCUGAUCUUGAAAGAUUAUGGCAGGCAGAGUCAGGGGACAGAAUGUGCCUGGCACGUGCAAAGCCAGCUAUGUCUUGAGGAGAAUCCUGGGACAGCUGGGACAGGCAGGGACAGCGAGGCUGGAGGAGGGAAAGUGCUUCAGGAGGAAAUUGGGUUCGAAGUUGCGGGUACAGAAGGGUUUGGGCGUGGGAAGGAGGAGCAGGGCAGGGCUGGGGCGAGGCAAGGGUCCCUGGGUGGCAGCUUCAAGUCAUCACGCCCAGCCCCUUCAGGGCCACCCCGCCCACCUGGGAUUUCCUGAAUUCCAGCUGCGGCUCCGGCUCCGGCUCCGGUUGCUUCUGCAGGCAAAGGAGCCCUUGUGGCUGGGGCGUGCGGGGCCAGGCCUCCUCCUCCGGCACACACACCUCCAUUCAGCACGGCCCCGCCCCGGGGACUUGGGGGCUGGGGCUGCUGUCCCCACCUCAGUGGGGUCCGCCCGGCCGGAAGGCUGGGCGGGCAGCGGGGUUGAUAAGACGGGGACCUGCUGGCCCCCACCACUGUGCCGGCCGCUGUCCCUGCUGCCACAACCAUGAGGGUCGUCUCCGGCACCAGCCUCGUGCUCUGCGGCCUGCUGCUGCUGCUCCAGCCUCCACGGAACCUCGGCCUCACCCCCCAGUCCAGAGGGCACCUCUGUCGGACGCGGCCCGCGGACCUGGUGUUCCUGGUCGACAGCUCCCGCAGCGUGAGGCCCGUGGAGUUUGAGAAGGUGAAGGUGUUCCUGUCCCAGGUCAUCGAGUCCCUGGAUGUGGGGCCCAAUGCCACCCGGGUGGGCGUGGUCAACUACGCCAGCACCGUCAAGCAGGAGUUCCCGCUGAGGGCCCACAGCUCCAAGGCCGCGCUGCUGCAGGCGGUGCGCCGCAUCCAGCCGCUGUCCACAGGCACCAUGACUGGCCUGGCCCUCCAGUUCGCCAUCACCAAGGCCUUCAGCGACGCGGAGGGCGGUCGCUCCAGGUCCCCCGACAUCAGCAAGGUGGUCAUCGUGGUGACGGACGGGCGGCCCCAGGACAGCGUGCGCGACGUGUCUGCGAGGGCCCGGGCCAGCGGCAUCGAGCUGUUUGCCAUUGGCGUGGGCCGCGUGGACAAGGCCACACUGCGGCAGAUGGCCAGCGAGCCGCAGGACGAGCACGUGGACUACGUGGAGAGCUACAGCGUCAUCGAGAAGCUGUCCAAGAAGUUCCAGGAGGCCUUCUGCCUGGUGUCAGACCUGUGUGCCACAGGGGACCAUGACUGUGAGCAGGUGUGCCUCAGUUCCCCGGGCUCCUACACCUGCGCCUGCCACGAGGGCUUCACCCUGAACAGUGAUGGCAAGACCUGCAAUGUCUGCAGUGGAGGCAGUGGCAGCUCGGCCACUGACCUGGUCUUCCUCAUUGAUGGCUCCAAGAGCGUGCGGCCAGAGAACUUUGAGCUGGUGAAGAAGUUCAUCAACCAGAUUGUGGACACCCUGGACGUGUCCGACAGGCUGGCCCAGGUGGGGCUGGUGCAGUACUCGAGCUCUGUGCGCCAGGAGUUCCCGCUGGGCCGCUUCCACACCAAGAAGGACAUCAAGGCGGCCGUGCGGAACAUGUCCUACAUGGAGAAGGGCACCAUGACCGGCGCUGCCCUCAAGUACCUCAUCGACAACUCCUUCACUGUGUCCAGCGGGGCCAGGCCCGGCGCCCAGAAGGUGGGCAUUGUCUUCACUGAUGGCCGGAGCCAGGACUACAUUAACGAUGCUGCCAAGAAGGCCAAGGACCUCGGCUUUAAGAUGUUUGCGGUGGGAGUGGGCAAUGCUGUGGAGGACGAGCUGAGGGAAAUCGCCUCGGAACCCGUGGCCGAGCACUACUUCUACACGGCUGACUUCAAGACCAUCAACCAGAUCGGCAAGAAGUUGCAGAAGAAGAUCUGUGUGGAGGAAGACCCCUGUGCCUGUGAGUCCAUCGUGAGGUUCCAGGCCACAGUGGAGGGGCUGCUGCAGGCCCUGACCAGGAAGCUGGAAGCCGUCAGUAAGCGGCUGACUGUCCUGGAGAACAGAGUCGUCUAAGGUCGCUGUCCCCACCCUGGCGCCUCCCUCUCCUCACCCCAAGCUUGGCUCAGAGAGUCCUGCUGUGUCCCUGCAGCCCAGUGUCGUCCAGCUUUGCCAUUUUAGUGAGGGCGCCAGGAGGGGCCAGGUGCUGGGACAGCUCCGGGCCUCCCAGCCCUGCAUCCCCUGGGUGGGGGCUGGAGGGGCAUGUCCCCGUGUGCUUGUCAGGAGCGUUUGACGAUGUUUGGGAGCCCGUGUGUGUGCCCCAGGGAGGGCGGGUGUGCAUGGUGAGCCCUUCGGGAAGGAGUGCCAGAGAGACGGGUGUGCGUUUUCUUCUGAUCCAAAGCUUAAUAUAUUCCUGGAUUUUGUAGUUGA